AUUCCCCUCCGCUACUACCAUAUCAGAAAGCACAAAUCCAAAAUGUCCCACUACCCCGUCUACAUAAUCAGAACCCAUUUGGCAAUCCCAGACCCCGACCUUCCUUCUCCACGUUAUCACACCGCAAUCCUCGUUGAAACAGACCAAGUGACUGGCUCUGGAACCAUCCAUGAAGUGACCGGGGACAUCACCUCACCAGAAGGGAUGCAAUACGAAAUUAAACUCGUUGCUCGACCAGAGUCCGACGAAAACUUCUUUUCUCGAACACUGCUUGGUAUGACGGAUGCAGCCAACUAUCCCGACUCGUGGGACAAGGCUCUACGAGAAAUUCCAGCUCCCCCACAACAGAAGGCAUUUAAUAUCAAACGAAUGAAGACUGAGCCGUUCAAGAGGCUAUCGCCAUUAGAGUUUUAUGAGGACGGCGAGGAAAGACGGCCGUUGGUGAAGUGCACUGAAUGGGUGGCUGACAAGGCUGUUCCGGCGCUGAGGAAGGCUGGUCUUUUGCAAUCAUCGAUUUCGGUAAAAUUCUGUCAGGGAAUUGCGUUAAGGUUGUGACUAUAAUAAACUUUUGGAAAAUGUUGUAAAUAAGAGCAUAUCUAACUGCUUUGUUUAUAUGAGCGCUUACAAGAGAUCUGG